UAUACCAGUUCGUCUCGGCUGCCGGUGAUUGGAAGCUUUUCUGACGCUCACUCACUAGAAAUAACCUUUCACGUAGGCGACGCAUACUCUUUUGUAACGUAUAUUCCUUGAAUAUUGUUGAUAUAGUUUGGUUCCAAAUACCGCUGCAAAACAACGGGGUUCCUUACAUCGAGCGCUCUGCUGUUGACACGUGUGGUUACCGGUUUAAAAGUAAAUAACUGCGCCCGCUAAGAGCUGUUCAAUUUCAAAAUAAAACACAGCUGUAGUAAUCUGUGUUAUUUCAUGUAACACAGUUCAAGUCUUUAACAGCCGAAGUGUAAGUAAAUUGAACGUACCUGAUUGCAACACGAGUUGCUUUGAACUUCAUCCAUAACCUCCGACGUUUGCAACAGAUGCGGUGACAGUACACGACGUGGUUCACAUGAUGACUGUUUUCAGGACACUGUUUGUUUCAACUCUGCUGAUAUUAGUUUUAAUGCAGACGACAGAAAGUGCGAAGAAGAAAAAAGGCACAAAGAAGAGCGAUUUGGUAGAAAGAGAAUGUGAAACUUGCCGAAAAAUAGUGAAAGGAUUUCAUGAGGGAAUAAAAGCUACAGAAAAGGGACAUUUUGGUGGCGGUAACACAGCAUGGGAAGAAAGAGCCUUAGGAAGCUAUGCAAACAGUGAAACAAGGUUUGUUGAAAUUACAGAGAAAUUAUGUACAAGUUCUGAACACGAGUGUAACCGAAUGUUCGAAGAGCAUGAAGAACUCCUGGAAACAUGGUGGAAAGAUCGCCAAGAAGAUGAGAAUAAAAACUUUUUACAUCAGUGGUUAUGUAUCGAAGAAAUAAAAGUUUGUUGCCCAAAUAAUACGUAUGGGUCAGAAUGUAAAGAAUGUCCUGGCGGAGUAGAACGUCCGUGUAUGGGUAAUGGAAAAUGUAAGGGAGAGGGAACACGUGGCGGUUCUGGAAAAUGUAAAUGUGACGAUGGUUACAAAGGGGAAAUAUGUGAAGUUUGUAAAGAUGGAUUUUUUGAAGAAACUAAAAAUAAAACGCAUGUCAUCUGUGAAAAAUGCCAUGAAGCGUGUGCUCACACUUGUUGGGGACCGUCACCAAAGGAUUGCGACGAGUGCAAAGAAGGAUGGGAAGAAUCUGAUGAUGAAGGUUGCCAAGAUUUUGAUGAGUGUAGUGAUUCUGAAGCCAACCCAUGCGAAACCAAUGAAUAUUGUAUGAACACUGUUGGUUCAUUUAAAUGUACGGGAUGUGACUAUGCAUGUGAAUCGUGUCUCGGUGACGGACCUGAUAAAUGUAUAAAGUGUAAAAACGGCUUUGAAAUGGUUGAAGGUGAAUGUGAUGACAUUGACGAGUGUGAAGUUUUGAAUAUAGAGUGUGCCGAGAGGAUGUCUUGUUAUAACAACGCAGGAAGCUACUACUGUGAUUGUGAAGCUGGAUAUGAAAGACAUGGUGAAGAGUGUAUUAGUGAAGAAACGAUGAAAAUGCUGAAAGAAGGCUUUGAUGAAGACGAGGGUAAGGAGCCUACAAAAGAUGAAAAUGGUGACCUUAUACCUACUGUUGAGAAAAGUGAUGCUGAUGGUAGCGAUGCUGAGGGGUUGCCAGGAGACGGGAGUAAUACUGAUUCCCACACUUUCACAAAAGAUGAAUCUAGUACUAGUCAUGAAGUCCUAACUACUCGGCCACCUCAACAAAACACUGAAAAUUUGAAAGUUCAAAAUAUAGAGAAUGGUGAAUCUAAAAGACCACAUCCCCUUAUUCGCAACUAUUGCAGCACCCUGAGUGAUCUACUAAGGAACGGACAACCCAACAAAGUUGUAUGGGGAGAGGCCCAGGAGAAAGCAUAUAACACUUUGCGGGAAUACUUGAAGUUGCCAGACCCACAGAAACCAUUUGUGUUGCGGACGGACGCGUCUCAGGUAAGAAUUGGAGCAGUACUUAUGCAGAAUCAUGGUGAGAAGCUUCAUCCAGUUGCGUAUGCAAGUAAGAAGUUAUCCGAUGCAGAAAAGAAAUAUUCAACGGUAGAAAGGGAAUGUUUAGCCAUUGUAUGGGGCGUGAAUAAAUUUCGCCUAUAUUUAGCCGGUGUGGAGUUCAUUUUGCAGAUGGAUCAUAAACCAUUGUCUUACCUGGAUAAAGCCAAGUUUGCAAAUGACCGAGUGAUGAGAUGGGCGAUGACUCUGCAAGGAUAUAAUUAUCGUGUUGAGGAUAUUCCUGGACGGGACAAUGUGGUAACGGACUACCUGAGAUUCUUACGCAAGGUUUAUUGUAUCCUGUCUGCUCAGCUGUUGGUUACCACAAUAACAUGCGCUGUGUUUAUGAGUGUUGAAGAAAUCAGAUUCCUUGUACAGAAUAGUGCAUUUAUGUUAAUAUUUGCCUUCAUCAUCUCCAUGGUAUCAGUUAUAGCAUUGUUGAUCAAGCGACAUGAAUACCCCACCAACAUGAUUCUUCUUGGCGUUUUCACUCUGGUAGAAGCCUAUAGUGUUGGUACCAUUGUGACAUUCUACGAUAAAAUGGUUGUAGUACAAGCCUUUGCACUGACUGUAUCCGUGGUUAUCUGUCUCACAAUUUAUACUCUACAAAGCACUAGAGAUUUCAGUUCCUGGGGAGCUGGAUUAUUCUCCAUGUUGUGGAUCAUGAUUAUGGCAGGUUUUCUCAGAUUCUUUUUUCAAACCGACUCAUUGGAAUUCAUUAUCGCCAUCGGUGGUGCUGCUUUGUUCUGUGGAUUUAUUAUUUAUGAUACGCAUAUGUUAAUGCACAAGUUAUCACCUGAAGAGUAUAUUGUGGCCACAAUAAACCUUUAUUUGGACAUCAUCAAUCUUUUCCUCUACAUCCUUAGAAUCCUCAGCGAGUUAAAUAAGAAAAACUGAAUUGUGGGAAAAUGAAUCCGAUAGGUAUCGGGGUGAACUCGCAGUAAAACAAAGGCAGUCACUUCCAGAACAGUUUGGGGGCAGUAAGCCUGGUAAUUUGACAAAAUUUGCACAACAACUAAAUAGUUCUCUGGUUACUCAUUCUACUAUUAAUUAAGUGCAUAUAUCAAUUUAUAGAAAGAUUAUAUUUUAAGACCAUUUAUGCGUCAUUUCGCUGUAAAAUCAUUAGAAACUCUGGGGUAGAUUUUGAAACAAAUGUGGACAGAGGCGUGUUUUGAAAAGCAAAUUCCACAGGGAAGAUUGCAAAAAUAUUGCAUUCUUUGUAUCAAACUAGAAAGCCUGAACUGUUUUGAAAUUGAGACCUACUUGUAUAUAAUGACAUUUUAGUUGCAAUAAUUUGUAUUUGGUUUGGUUUAAAAAACAGUGCCCACAUGCUCUUUGGACAUUGUCUUUAAAUAAACAAAUUAAUGAAAACAGUUGAUGUGGCGGCACUGUCUGAUUACAUACAGAACUUGAUUUUGAAUCGAAGCCUGACAAAUUUUUACUUGUCAAUAAAAAAAAUAUUUUUGUUGCAUGAAACAUUUACAUAAUUGAUCACACUUACCUGUAAAAAUUUGAUGUAAUGGGGAAAAAAACUUGAUUUGGGUUUACAUGUACUUUUUUUUUUCCAUUGUAUUUUCUGAAAGCAUUUUACCUUGUGUUUUUUAGUCAUUUAUCAAAAACAGUCUUUUUGAAUGACUGUCUGGCACAUAGUCUUGUAACUUUCUCUACAAUACAGAUCUAUCUGAUUUCGAACUCUUCCAAUGAAUGCUUUGAUUUACAGUGUAUCAGGAGUUAUGUUUUAUUGGUAUAUUUUAAUUAAUUAAUCAAGAAUUAUUGUUGCUAAUCAUCGCUAAAAAUUAAAAAUAAAUUCGGAAGCAUGUUGGGAUAUCAGUUUUACAGCCAUUCUGUGAAUUAUUCUGUCACGUUACCAAGAUGGCUCACAGCGAUGACGCUGCUUGACAGAUGGCAUGCUGUAUAUAAUUUACCAUAGGGUGAUCAACAUUAUAAUUUGUAAAGUUAGUUUACGUAUUUAAUUCAAGAAAUAUUAAAACACUUCAAAGUAACCUGUUCAUAUAUUCUAAUAUUUUUUUUUUCGUUUUGAGAAACAACUUCACCCGUAUCUAGUAGGUUAAUGGAAUGAUCUAAAGUGUGCAUGUGUCAAUGUAACAGCACCGUCAAGUCUAGAUUGGACAAAAACAGUUUUGAAAAAUUGCAAGUCAUCUUGUUCAAAUAAUUCCCAAGUGGCCGUAAACCUUGUAGUUUAAGAGUUAGUAGUGGUAGUCCAUUGCAGCCAUGUAUGAAUACAAAUACAUGUAAAACAUUUUGUGUGGAAAACGCAUAGCUUUAAAAACAAACUGGUUUAUGUAAAAAAAUAUUUAUAUAUAUAUAUACUGUAUAUUAAUUUUUAGGAAAUGAUAGGGCAAGAGUUGAUAAUGUGGGCGCUUCAAGUUUCUGGCAAUUACACAAACCUUGCUGAUUUGUACACACUAGAGAAUUCAAUAAAGACGUAGUAUAUCAUGUU